AUGAAAGGUAAUUCAUUUACUUUCUUAAUUUAACUUAGAGAAAGAAGAAGACUAGGUUUAAGUUAGCCUGAAAACUACGGAGGAAAAAAUGAUCCUCAAAUUUAAGCUCAAAUAACUCCACCAAGUGCUUAGAAUUAUUCUAAGAUUGCUGGAAAUUAAGGUUCACCUAUAAAUAAUCCUGACAGCAUGAUGAAAUAAUUUGAUUUUAAUGGCAGUAUGGUGAACAACAUUCCUACUUUUGAUUAAUAAUAAAUGCUGAUGCCUCCAAACUAAAUGAUUGCGUAUCCUACUUACAUGCCAACGAAUAUGGAUUAGAUGCUUCCACCACUUUAUUAGAACUAAAAUUUAGAUCCAAACAUGGGUUUGUACAAUAAUCAGCUGGUUUAGCAAUAUCCUAAUUCGAUAUAAUCUCAACCACAAGUAGUAAUCUAAAGCAAUCUCUAAAACUAAAGAUUAAAUAGAUUCCAUCCAAAUAUGAACCAAAUUUAAUAACAUUCUCAGCAGAUGCUUUAUGACUAUUAUUAAAAGAAUGUAAAUUCCUAGCUCUUUAAUCAGAGAUCAAGAUCUCAUUAACAGAUCGAUCCUAAAACUCUGGAAAUGAAACAAUAGUAUGCAAAAAUACUCGAGUUUUAAGUUAAAGAGCAUGAAGUAAUGAAAGCAAGGAAAAGAUCUGAGGAGAAAUCGCUCUCCCCUCAAGUGUAUGAAAAUAGUUAAAAGUACAUAAAUCCUCAUGCUAUUAAUACUUCAAAUAUUGUUGAGAGCAUUCCUAUUCCAUACUCACACAGACAAUAUCCUCCAGAAGACUAUAAAGAUUAGUUGCUGCAAUAGAUAGAAGAAAAGAGAAAAAUUAAAGUAGCUUCAAAAUAAAAGAAAUUAGAGGAUGAGAUGAAGGAUGAAUUAAGGGUUAAAAGGGAACUCUAAGAACUUAAUAUGAAAUACUAAAUCGAAGUAGGCAUCAUUAAACCACCUGAAAACUAAUAAUAGCAGCAGUAGCAAUAUAAUAUGGAUCAAGAUAGUCCUUCUAAUGAAAUUAUAGAGAAUCAAAACUUGGUGAAGCAAGAUAUGCAAAAUAGGAAUCUUAAUGCUUACUAAAAGUAAACAGAAUCACCAAUAAGGUCUGCUAAUAACAUGUAAUAAUAAAUGAUGGAGAUGAAUGAAUAUGCUGACUUUAACUAAUACUAAGUAGUCUAAGACACCUAAUAACUAGAUCCUAUUAAAAAAUAGCUUCAAGUUUAGUUAAAUAAUUUUUAAAAAGACAUAUAGAAACUUUAAAAACAACAAAAGGAAAUGUUAUAAAACUACAAAAAAGAAGUAGAACUCAUUUAAGAAAAGAAAGAAUCUGUAAUUAAAGAUGUAAAGAAUACUCAAGAAACUGAAAUGAAAAGAUAAAUAGAUUAACUGCAAAAAGCAUUAAAAGAUGUUUAAAAGAAGAGCAGUAGCUUUGUUAAAAGUCAGCACGAAAAAAGUAAAGGAUCAAUGAUUGAGCAAUCAGAGUUGCCUAGCAAUAAAUACCAGGAGAAUUAAAAUAAAAGAAAAAGAAGUUAGAGUCCUCCGAUUAGCGUAAAGAAUAAUAAUCAUAAAAAUAAAAAGAAAAAGAUAAAUAUAAAGAAUGAAUAAAAGCACAGUAUCAAUGAGGAUAAUAAAAAUAAGAGCUAGGAUAUGGAGGAAGAAAAUGAAAAAACCUUACAAAAUCUUUAAAAUAUAUAUAGUAAUUAAGGACAAAUAAUUAUCACUCCAAUAGCAGGAGGCAAGUCGAGAUAAAAUAACUAGAACCAACAAUCAAGUCUCUCAUCAAAGAAAGAAGGAAAUGGGAAUGUUCUUUCUCUGGCAUAAAUGAUGUAAGGAAAGCCAUAUUAAGAUGUACCUCUAUCUACCUUAAAUGAAAUGGAACAAUUAGUAACUCCAAGAGGCUUAUCAAUGAGAGCAAAAAUGAAAAAAUUAGAAGAAUAAAAGCAAAGAGAGCCUGUUCAAAUUCCACAACCAAUCAUCGAUACUUAAAAAGAUCCUGACUAAAGGAAAAUAAAACCUUAAGCACCACCAAAGAAGAAGAUCUAAAGCUAAAUUAACCCAGUAAUGAUUCCAACAAAUGAGGAAAAUGAAAACCUCUCAAUUACAAAUCUUUUGAAGAAAAUGAAAUCAUUGGAUAAAAGGGAUAAAUCACCUGAGGAUUUAAGAUAAGCAUAGACUCCAUCAAUAUUAAAAAAGUAGAGUAGUCUGCUUAGGAGAUAAUCUGGAGUAUAGAGUCAAAAGAGCGUCAGGAUCAAUGAUGCUCAUAAUUUCUAAAAGGAUCCUCUUCAAAUACAAGCAGAUGAGUAAUUCCUAAAAGCAAUGCAGAAUGAAUUCUUUAUGGGAUAGGAGGUACCAACGUUGGCUGACGAUGCUUAGAGUGAAUACAUAGACUAAACAAGACUAAUUGAAAAGCAAUAUUAUGAACAAGUUUUAAAGCCAGAUAAAGUUAAAUAAAAUAUUGAGUCUCAUUAAGUUUAGGAUAAAGAAAUGCCAGGAACUAUUGGAGGAAUAAAAAUCAAUGCUAAUCCAGAAAUGGACGAAAAUCAAAUAUAAGAAUUCAUCCAAUUACCUGGAGAAAAUGAUGAGCAAGAUCCAGCAGAAAUGUCAAGAUUUACAAAUUUUCUAUUUCAAAAGAACCUUGUUAACCAAUAAGAAAUUGAAGAUCAUUAGGUAAUACAAAAGUAACUUGAAGAAGAAAAAUAAUAAGAGAUUGAGCUGACUAUGAAAUACAUGAAAUCAGACUAGCCAUAAUAUUAACUGAAGGAAAAAAACUAUAAUGAAAUUGGCUAUAAGGAGAUGGUCAAUCAUGAUCCAAAAGAAAUGAGUCAUCUAUUAAAUGAUAUAAAAAGAAUUGUAAAUGAAAAUAGCAAAAUCUCUGAGGAUUUCUUUUCACAAAACAAAGAAAGUAGUAAUCAAGGUUAUAUUCAAUUUAACAAAACUUUUUAAAGGAAUUUGCAAAAAGUAGAGGAUAUAUUUGAAAUUGAAAAAAAGUAAAGAAUAGCACCAAUCAAGACUAUGGUUAACAUUAGCAUGCUUGAGGAUGAGGAGUCUAAGGAUUUUUAGUUGGCAAUACCUCCAAAAUUUAGUGAUAGAGAUAAUGAAAAUCAUGCUAUGUUUAACUAUCAAAAUAUAUCUAGAAAUUAGUAAGAAAUGGGGCAAGGAUCUAAGUAUUUAACCAAGAGUGAAGAUGUUAUGUUUUCAUAUGAAAAUAAGAUGCCAAUUAUGCGAAUGGAAAACGAAGAUGAAAAUUAGACUCCUUCCGACAUGAGGCAAAGUCAUCAAGAUUUUCAAGAUAACAAUGAUGAAUAAAUACUUAAUCUGUAACCAUAGUAAUUCCACCUAAUAAACUAUCUAAUGUCACAAAAACCAUCAUCAUCACCAGGCACUCCCAAAGAUUCCUAGUAAAUACAUGAAUAUUUAUCUGCAAGAAGAUUAAUAAAUGAGCAGACUUAAUUUACUCAUCUAAAUGAACUUUCCUAAUAAACUCCAAAGCACUUUGAUUAAGUUAUUAAGAACUAGAUCAUGCCAAUGGUUCAUGCAACUAAUCAGAUUUAACAGAUACUUAAACAACCUUAAGUUUUGACUAGUUAUCGAUAGAAUAUUCCUCCUGUUAACAGAGACUCAAAUAUGCAUUCUAAUAAGGAUUUGAGAUAAUCUGCACAAUAAUUUAGUCAUAAUCUUCAAAUGCCAGCAGUUACUUAGUAUAAUCCUUUGCAAAUUCAACGCAAAAAAACCUAACCAGAAGAUAAAUAAAAUAGAAAGCCUCCAUUACCAACUUAAUAGCAGAGACUGAGACAUAGUGAGCCUCAAAAUAAUAACAAUUUGAAUUAGUAAUAAUAGUACCAAUUCUAGACAAUGAAUAAUUAGUAUGAGCAUCAUUUAACACCUUAAAAGCAAAAUGUUUCUUCAUCAAACUAAUUAAUCCAACAAUCAUAACAAAAUCAAGUUCCUAGCCAAAUAAACUAGAAAUAGCUUAGUUAUAUUUAGUAAUAUCAAUAACCUCAACAAAUAGAUAUUCAUCAUAGCCAAGAGUCUUUAACGAAUGUCUUCACAGAAAAUUCUUAAAUUAAUGAAUAAAAGAUUCCUGUCUAAAUUUAUAAUCAAUAUUUCAAAGAAGAAGUUCCAGUAAAUAAAAUUUACGAUAGAAAUGAUCCUUUUUUAAUAAACAUAAAUUUAAGGUAAAAACUUGUUGAGACUAACUAAAUGAUUCAUGUUGACAAUCAGAAUUUGUUAGAUAAAAUUAAAAAACUUGGAAAAUCAAUUAAGCCUGUCACUUAUGGUUAUCCCUAUAUUGAUUUAACCAAGACUGAAGUUUUUAAUGAAUAAGAACAUAAUGAAGCUAAAUUCAGAUCCGAAGUUUAUUCACAGCAUCUUAAAAAUGAAAUGGACAAAAAUUUUCCUGGAUACUAACAACAGUAAAAUACUGAAGAAUAAAAGAAUGAAGAUGAUGUUAAUAACAAUCCUGUAGUUCGCUAUCUUAAUUAUAACUUUAACGGAGAAAGGGGAAUAGACUUAAAACAGAAGAAAAUGAGUGAUAAGUAAAAAUUAGAAGGAUCAAAAGUGAUCAGGCUUUUUAAAUAUGCUUAGACAUUUAAUAGUUCACUAGUAAAUUCUAUAGUCUAAGAUAAAGUUAAGGAAGAUCUUAUUAACUUAGGUUAAAUAUAAGCAAAAUAAGCACAAGCUAUGAAUUACUAUGAUUCUACUAAGCAGAUAAAUAAAUAACAAGAUUUUUUGGAAUAUAUUAAAGAGGAAGUUCAUGAAGUCACAUAAUCAGAACCAAAGUAUAAUUAAGAUUUUUCAGAUUAGUUGGAAUAGUCAUAGAAAUUUUCUAAAUAGGUCACAAAUAAUUAAUUCUAAAGAGAUUAUACUCAUCAUGAUUUGAAUCAGCCAAUAAUAGAAGAAAAUUCAUAGCAGGUCUCAGCAGAACCAAUGGAAAGGUAAAAUUAUUUAAAUAGCAAAAGCAGUCCUUAAACAAGAUAACUAACAAUGAUGGAAUACGACUAGCUUAAAAAUAGAGAUUAGUAAGUUCUUCAUCUUUAGCACAGAUAAAUGUCUUCAAUAAAUCCGCAAAUUCAUUAACUGCAAUCAUAAAAUUCUUUUUCAGAUAAUUAGUUUUACAAUGCUCCAGAGCCAAAGAAAUUACAAAUGAGCAAUAUAGCUAAUAAAAAUAUCAAUCUAAUCAAUUAAAAUAGGAAUAUAAAUAGUAUGGAUUCAUUUUUCUCAGAGGAAAAUAUCAGAUUCUCUAAGAAUAGGUAAUUAUCCAAAUUUGCAGUUGAAGAAUAACCCCUUAUUAAGGGGCACACUGCCAUUCCAAAUGAUCAUGUUGAAAAUUAUAAUUUUGGUGAAAUUCAAAGCUAAGGGGAAUUUGAUGAUUUUAAUUUGGGAGGAAAUCAAUCAGCUAUUGGAUAAUCUCAAAUUAAUUAAAGAAGAGUAUAAACUUCAGUAGAUGUUCAAGAAGGAGAUGAAAUGGCUGAUAAUGACUACUAUGUAUAAAAUUAGAGUGAUUUUGUAAUGAUCUGA